AUGGCUGAUCAGUUCGAAGAAGUUGAAAGCAUAUGCGAAGCUGCGAUAGCGUCUACGAGUUCCACAAGCACAGUGAAUGUCACUAAAGCUGGUGGAAUGAAGAGGAGGUUGAGCAGCUGGGUGGAUGGUGUAGAUGAUCAACCCGAGGAAAGCUUUAAGGAAAAAGAGAAACAGGGAGAAGAACCUGCUAAUGCAGACGUAUCAUCGCCUUUGUCACCCCAGUCGAUGCAAAAAUCAGAAACCGAUUCGUUCAGCGAAAGGCGAUCAUCAGCCGAGGAACAAGUAAAAAGUCCAACAUCGUCGAUCACUGACUUGAAGCGUUUGUCCGCUUCCAGCACUCAAGAUGCUUUAUCAAAUACACUUCGAACAAAGAUUCGAGAAGAAACAAAAUCAAAGAUCAACCAAAAACGCGAAAGUAUCCAAUUGACGAAACGACUGCAGCGUAGUAAAUCUCAAGUGAUCGACGACGAGCCACUGAGUGAUAUUGAUCAAGAUUCACUCGAUGCCCAGAUUGAACAAUCGCUUCAAUUGGGAUCGAAAUUCGUGCAAGACAAAGAAGACAAUCGAUUACCAUCUGCUACAGUACAGUAUGACUUUUUGACAGCUACAUAUAAGGAUGAAAACGCUGACGAAGAGAGUGACGCCGCAGUAUUCUAUGGAAGAGCGAGGCCUCAAUGUCGAAACGAUCUUGAGAAAUUCCAUACACUCUGCACAUCGUAUGAUAAGAGAAAUGCACCGGCAUCCACAGACGCUGAAAAUGGAUUGCCCAGGUUACAUUGCACUGGAAGUGCAUUGGAAGCUAUUUACUCUACAUAA